CCGCUCGAUGUCCUGCCGGCAGCUGCUGACACCGCAGAGCCCCCAGUGCCCACGCAGACAGCCCCUGGCGGCUUCCUGGCCGUGGCCCUCUGUGACUUCCCCUCUGGGGCUGGGGCAGCCGCUGUCCUGAGGAUGGGGGAGCAGCUCCGUGUCCUCUCUGAGGAUGGGGACUGGUGGCUGGUGGCGUCCGAGGUGUCGGGCAGGGAGUGCCACAUCCCCAGCAGCUGCGUGGCCAAGGUCAGGCACAGGUAAAUGCUGGGGAGGGUCCAUCACAGGGCGGGCCGCAGGGCACAUGGCCCCACCACAGACAGCCUGGCCAACACCCAGGCCAAACCCCGGCCACCACACCGGGAUAUGCUGCCUCGUUUUUGCCCAUGGAGCAGCGCUGGGGCUCGGGAGGCAGCCUGGCCUGCCGGGGCGUCCCAGGACGUGCUCACGUGCGCUGCUGCACCCCGAGCUGUCCCCUCUGCCAACCAGGGCAGGACCCUGGGGCGCUGGGUGUCCCUGCACGGGCGGCAGAGGCCGUGCCAGCACCGCGGUCUGUGCAGGUGGCUGUACGAGGGCGUCAGCCGGCAGAAGGCGGAGGAGCUGCUGCUCCGGCCAGGCAACCGCAGCGGAUCCUUCCUGAUACGGGAGAGCCAGACCAGGCGAGGCUGCUACUCGCUGUCGGUGCGGCGCAGCGAGCGCGCGGCCUGGGACGCGGUGACGCACUACCGCAUCCACCGCCUGGACAACGGCUGGCUCUACAUCGCGCCCCGGCUCACCUUCCCCGGCCUGCACGACCUGGUGGAUCACUACUCCGAGUUUGGAGAGGGGCUGUGCUGCUCCCUCGGCGAGCCCUGCUCCACGCAAGGGCCGAGGGUGGCCCCCGUCCCGGCCAUGCCAGCUGUGGUGAAGAAGCCAUCCCUCAACUGGGACCAGAUUGACAGCUCCCUCCUGUUCUCGGGGGCCGCGUCCCCACCAGAUGAGGACUCUCCCAUCAGCCUGGGCCUGCGGGAGGCCAUCAGCUCCUACCUCCUCCUGACAGAGACGGACACCCCCAAGCAGGGCCCUGGGGGGGCGCUGGCCAAGAGCAGCUGAGGGCUGGGCCCCACCUGGCCCACUAUCACCCACUGAUGCGGUGGGAGCCACGUGCCCGGGGGCAUUGGCCUGGACCCAGGACAGCUGAGACCAAGGGGAUAUGGGCAGGUGCUGCUGGAGGAUGGGGCUGCCAGAGGGCCCAUCCUCCCCCCAAGCCAGGUGUUUUGGGAUGUGGCGUUUGAGCACAUCAAGCAUCACGCAGCGCCCAGGGGAGGAGAAGGCAGAGGCUGC